AUGGAGAGCCCGGCGCAGCCCCCGCCGCCUCCGGGCCCGCUAAAGAGCGGCGGCGGGGGCGCCACCGAGCGGCUCCUCCCGGGAGAGGCGGCGGCCGGCGACGGCUGCCGGGACGGGCCCGGUGAGGAGGGCGGUGGGCGACGCAGCCCGUCCCCUCCGCCGGCCCCCGCGGGCCCUCGGGACGCGUCUCCCCUGCGGGGCGCCGAGAGCGCGGGGCCGACGCUCCCGGAGAGCCCUGGGGCGGCGGCGGGGGCCGGCUCCGGGAGUAGCGGGGCUGCCAGCCCCCCGGGGGAGGAGUCCCGCAGCCUGGACUCGCUGGAGUCGUUCUCCAACCUGCACUCCUGCUGCCCCAGCGGCUCCGAACUCAACAGCGACGCCGAGGAGGCGGUGGAGGCCGCCCCGGGGGGCCCGGCCCCGCGGCAUGAUGCGGAGAGGCCCGCCGCGGGCGCGCAGCUCCUCGCCGCCUCCAAGGAGCGCUUCCCGGGGCAGUCGGUGUACCACAUCAAGUGGGUGCGCUGGAAGGAGGAGAACACUCCCGUCAUCACCCAGAACGAGAACGGCCCUUGCCCCUUGCUGGCCAUCAUGAACGUGCUGCUGCUGGCCUGGAAGGUUAAAUUGCCACCAAUGAUGGAAAUCAUAACGGCUGAACAGCUGAUGGAGUAUUUAGGAGAUUAUAUUCUUGAUGCAAAACCCAAAGAGAUAUCUGAAAUUCAGCGUCUAAAUUAUGAGCAGAAUAUGAGCGAUGCAAUGGCAAUUCUGCAUAAGUUACAGACAGGUCUGGAUGUCAAUGUGAAGUUUACAGGUGUUCGAGUGUUUGAAUACACACCGGAAUGCAUAGUGUUUGACCUUCUUGACAUCCCUUUGUACCACGGAUGGUUAGUGGAUCCCCAGGUUGCUGACAUAGUAAAAGCAGUUGGUAACUGCAGUUACAAUCAGCUCGUGGAGAAGAUAAUUUCUUGUAAGCAGUCUGACAACAGUGAACUGGUUAGUGAAGGAUUUGUAGCUGAGCAAUUCCUAAAUAAUACGGCUACGCAGUUGACGUACCAUGGGCUGUGCGAGUUGACUUCAGCUGUCCAGGAAGGAGAGCUCUGCGUGUUCUUCAGGAACAACCAUUUUAGCACCAUGACCAAAUAUAAGGGUCAACUUUACCUGCUGGUAACAGACCAAGGUUUUCUUACAGAAGAGAAAGUUGUCUGGGAAAGCUUGCACAAUGUGGAUGGUGAUGGAAAUUUCUGUGACUCCGAGUUCCACCUACGGCCUCCUUCAGACCCUGAAACUGUCUACAGAGGGCAGCAGGAUCAAAUAGAUCAAGAUUAUCUGAUGGCUUUGUCUCUACAACAAGAGCAGCAAAAUCAAGAGAUUAACUGGGAACAGAUACCAGAAGGAAUCAGCGAUCUAGAGCUAGCAAAGAAGCUCCAAGAAGAGGAGGAUAGGCGAGCUUCUCAGUACUAUCAGGAACAAGAGCAAGCAGCUGCUCAGGUCCAGCAGGUGCAAGGUGCUCCUUCUCCAGCAAGUGGAAGGCAAUCUGGGAGCAAUGAACGCAAACGUAAGGAGCCUCGAGAGAAAGAGAGAGAAAAAGAGAAGAAUAGCUGUGUUCUCUUGUAACAGUAAAUGGAUGACAGCAUGGAGCCAAGUGCAUGUCCUCAGAAGCAAAAACAAGGAGUACAAAGGAAGACAAACCCGUUACAUGCCGCCUGUGCCUGAUUACCCCACAGAUUUUGUUCACGUUUCAGGAGAAGAUGGGUGACUUUGUUACAAUCAUAUAGACUUUCUUCAAAGUCAUAGUGUAUGCUGCUUGAGAUGGAAUUCCAAAUCACAGUUGGAUGUGGCUGUGCUUUGAGUUAGUCUUAAGAAAUACUGCACCUUGUAGCUGAAAACACAAAUUAUGGCAAGUUUUGUGUCAUAGUGACAUCCAUUACGUAUUACAUCAGUAAGCUAUUUUAUCUUCCACUCUAAACAAAGAAGGUAACUGGUUUUGUUUAAGACUCUUUUCUUAAAGUAUGUACACUAGCACAACAGAAUCUUGUGUUACUUUCAUGGUAUGAAACUAUAUCUUAGGCUGGGUAUAGUCUUCACAACAUCAGCGCCCAAAUAACAGAUGGGUGUUGCCUCCUCAAUGUGUCCAGAUAUCUUUGCUUCUGGAUCUAGUAUGUUUGGUUUUUUGAACCCAGAUUUAUACUGUGUUAGUGCUGUUGUUGCAUCUCUUUGCCAGCUUUCUUGCCCCAAGAAUACUUGACUUGAUCACAUACAAAAAUUGUUAUUAAAAAAUGGGGCAUUUAUUAAUGAGCAAGAUGAAUAUUGUUUGUUUUUCUUGCAAUUACAAACUGGGUUAUGACAACUCAGAUGUUAUCAGGGUUAAACAAGUAAUUUUAUAGGUCAUUUCUUUUCCUUUAAGUAUUUUUUUCCUCUUGUAGGUAAACUGGACCAGAUAGGAACUUAUUUAUUGACCUCUCCAUAUGAUAGGUAAAUAGCGAGAGGGCACGAAGGUCCAUAAUAAUCCUUAUUCUGUCUAAGAAUGCAGAGUUAAAAUAACUAUCUAUCUGCCUUUUUUUCCAGAAGUACCUUGAACUUUAACAUGGCGUUAACACGUUCACUUGUACAGUUGAGCAAGUGUAAUGUAAUUAAAUACAUACUUUGUUUUCUAAAUCAUAUAUCCUUACAAAGCACACUUAAGAAGGGUGAGAGAAAAGCUAAGCUAAUCUCUUGAGAUAGUUUGGGAAGGCGGCCAGGUGUAAUAUUUUGUUUUAAAUAGCUAAUUUAGGAUUUUUGGAAACCAGGUUUUUCUAAUUUAUGGGAACCAAACAAAGAUGUUGCAUCUUCUGGUAUCUAUAGAAUACAGGAAUGGGAUGCUCACUGAAUUUUGAGGGGACCACAACUCCUCUUCCUCUUAUGUUAAGUCAGUAACAGUUAUUUUCUUGAUGAACCUUUUUGAUAAAAUUUGUAUUUCACAAUUUGUAGAUACUUUUGAAAACAGCUGCUUCUCCUGGACAAGCCAAUUGCUUGCACGAGUCUGGGACAGCUGAAGUAGCUGGGUGGGAUAUGACAUUCCUGCAGUCAGGGCUUUGGAUAAUGUCUGUAAGAGAGAGGCUGUCUAAACACAAGUUGACAACAAAAGCUGCUUUAAAACUAUUUCAAGCAGAACUGCUGAGAUGAUCCUAGAAUGAAAAUUAGAUGUGUAAAGGAAGAAUGUCUUAUUAAAUGAAGAGCCAGUUUUUACCA